AAGGAUUUCUGAGAACCCUUACAUCUACACAGACCACGCAGAGCUAAGGAAACGCGUAACAAAAGAUGAAGAGCAGAAAAGAUGGAGGCAGACGACAAUGACAACACAGCAGCUGGAGAAGGAGAGUCUGAAACUAAAUCUGUGACACCAGAUGACAAAGAUCAGAUGCAGGAGAGUGCAGCCAAAGCCCAGUUUGAUCCAGUGAAUGAAACUGGUGAAGCUCAAUACUCAGAGAAGAAUGAUGCAAGCACAGGAGGAGAGUCUGAAAUCAAGUCUGUACCAUCUGCAACCAGUGAGAAAGUGACACUUGUGUUGAUUGGUGACACAAAUUCCACUGAGAUUGGAUCAAAAAACCUCUUACUUGACCAUGACGAGCAAGCAAAUAUUGAACAGUUUUCAGCCAAACUGUAUGAUUUAUGUGGUCGACACAUCUCUGUCAUUAACAUGCUUGGUCUACAAAACAUUGACAAAUCCCCAUUUAAUCAGGGAAUUCAUGCCUUUCUCUUACUGUUACCAAAUGGUCAGCAUAACAGCCAGUACAGUUCAGGAGUGCAGUGGUUAGAAAAAGCUUUUGGGAAAAGAUCAGUUGCCUAUUUAAUGACAGUUGUGACUCAUGAGUCAGAUGAAAAAUGUGAAAGUGCAUUGACAGACCUGAAAGCCAACAGCAGUUUUGAUGAAAAAAGAUAUCAAACAUGUACAAAAAGUAUGAUGGAUGAAAAAGAGAUAAUCGCUCUGUUGGAAAAAAUAGAUGUCAUGGUCUCUGAAAAUGAUCCACACUGCUACACUGGACUGAUGUGUAAUAAAAAUAAAGAGCAGGAAGAACAUCUAGACCACAAAUCCCACGAAGAAGAAAGGAUUGAUUCCUCUGUGUCCCAGCAAAAUCAAACAGUAGAAGAGUCGGAGGAGAAUGAAACAGAAAUUAAAGUAAAGUGUGAUCCAGAGAAUGAACCUGGAGAUGUUCAAGACUCAGUGAAGUACGUAGACAACACAGGAGGAGAGUCUGAAAACAAGUCUGUGCCAUCUGCAACCAAGGAGAAAGCAGGAGAGGCUGAUGAAGUUAAAGAGGUCAGCAAUGAAAGCAGCAGUAAUAUGACUGAUCAGUCUAUGGAGGAGAGUGGUGCAGUGAAGGACGGUGGUCCAACAUGUCAGACUGUUUCAACAGUGACCAAAGAAUUGGACGAACUGGAUGAGAGCGCAGAAAAAACAGAGGUCAAGGUGAGAUCAUUUGGUCCUCAGUUUUCAUUUUCACACAGAAGUUGCUUUUUUAAAAUAUAACUACACCCUUCAAUUUUGCUAGCUCUCUUCCUCUCAGGAAAUUAAAACAAUGCAUCAGAGACUAAAAGUGCUUUGACUUUUGGGGGUGUGGCUUCAACGCUGACUAGAGUGAUUGACAGACUGUGUUCAUAGCAGGGUUGCAGGAACAGUGAGCUGGUAGUCAGGGCUAAUGAGGAGCUGCUGUCAGUGUCUCCGUGUGUGUGAGUCUGCUGAAGCUUUUACAGUCAUUAAAAGGACAUUCAUGGCUGUUUGUCAACGUUUCUGUUUGGUAUCUUUGUUGUAGCUUUAAUUGUCUGGUAUGUCUGUCUGUGGGAACUGCUAAUGUGUGAGAUCAAGGUAAAGAUUGUAGUCCGGUGGUUCUACUGCAGUCCAAACCAUUGCACAAAAAUACAAAAAUAUUAAGUAGAGGGUUAGCACAAACUAACAUAAAUGCCUGUGAAUUUUUUGCGUCUCGAUCAGUAUACAUUUAAAAAUGAAUGCAGCGGUUUCAUAGACUCUUUCUUUCACAGAGGUGGGCUGCCCUCCUCUGAUUAGAGGUCGUUAACACUCUUUUUUUAAAAUAUGUAAUAAUCUCAUGAUAUAAAGUAGUCCCAAACAGUCAACUCGAUCAGCAUUGGCCAUUUACAAGGUUCAGGGUGAUUUGUUUCAUCACAGUAUGGUCAUAUAAUUUAGUUUACAGUGUCAUAACCCAGCUCCUAGGCCAUGACAAAUACGGAGGACACAAGAGAUGGUAAGAAAUUUGUCAGUAACAUCAGUAAUGUAAAUGUGGAUGU